CAGCUGGCCUCGGCCCCGCCCUCCGCUCCCACACCCCACCCCUGCGCCCUCGGUGGUCCGACCCACGUUACCGGCCCUCGCAGCUUUGCUUUUCCCGGAAGGGGAAGGGGGAGUCGGAGAGCUCUGAGUGUCUUAGCGGCAUCUGGCGGCCAUUCUCAACACUGCAGGCGCUGCCGGUCCGGGACGACCCGGACACCCGCAGCCUCUCUCGCUAGCUCUUGAGACGGAGGCGCCCGCCGGCCCAAAGGAUCUAACAUUUCCGGGCUAGACAGCAGAUUUUGCAAGGAAAAUGGGACACCGCGGAUUUCCAGGGCGUUCCAGUGCGCCUGCUCUGGGCCUUCCGACCCUGAAGAGCUAAGAGGCCUAGCGGAUUCCUGGAGGGGCGGGGUGAAUCGGAUCCGCCCUCUCCCCGGGCGAACACUUCAGGCCCAGCCUGCACCCUCUUUACGCCCCCCCGGCCCUCACCCCACUUCCUAGAUCCUGAGGACCCCUAAGGGCACCCCAAGCGUUCCGAUCCCAAGCAUUCCCGUCCCCUCACCCCCUUUGGAAACCCGAGCUGGCAGCGCUGGGUGUCGGGGGAGGAGCAGAUGAAAGUGACUCAGCAGCCUCGUCGUAGGUGUCUGUCCUUGGCGCUGGCCGUGGCACAGUCUUGUCCCACACGCUCGUUCCUCACAUAGUCCCUUUCCUUCGUGGGUGGGAGUAGGAGCGACCCGAGAGGGUUUUCGAUGGCCGUGAACGCCGGUGACCCGGGAGGCAGGCCCAGGAGGAAGCGCUGUGCCCUACUCAGGGGCUGGAGCAGCCUGGCUCGUGUACUCACAGAGGAGGAUCAGGGGACACACUGCCAGAUGGCCUGAGCAGCCCCAUGCCACUGUCCCACGCUGUGCUGGGUGGCAGGGCCGCUGGUCUCUGUCUCCCUUAAUAGCAGACACUGAAUUUUCCAGUUUUGCUUCUGGGACCUGCGGCUGUAACAGAGCCAGAUCUAGGUUUCCUAGAUCCCUGGCUCUGCUUGGGUAGCAGGGACCAGGAGCACACACUGCCUGUCAGCGAAAACAUUGCACACACUUGCCCCCAAACAUUGCAUAUACUUGUCCCUCUAACAUCCACCUAGUCCUGGCUGGGCUCUGAGAGCCAUCUGGGGAGGGGUGGCUGAGGACUGAAGACUUGUCCUUAGAGCCUUUUAAUCGUGUUCCAAGUCCAGCGUCCUGUCACUCAGUUUGAUUACUGUAUCCCAUCUGACUGCUGGACUCUGACCUGAGCUCUGCAGGCUCCCUGAGUGCACUCCCUGAUCCCUGAUCCCUCAAUCCCCAGGCUGAGCCAGGUCCAAGGCCCUUCUCUCCUGGAAUCCCCCUCACUCCAACCCCCCAAACAUGCUGACCUCCAGUUGACACAGAUUUGAUUGCACAAGCCUAUCUCCAUGCUGCUGGACCUUAGGGACAGGGUACCUGCUGACCAUUGUGUCCCAGGCCAUCACAUGACAGGUGUUCCAUGCUCUUAAAUGCUUGAGGGACCCUCACCUUUCUGCCUGCCAACACCAGCCAUGUUGCUCUCUCACAAGGAUGUGGCAUCUUGGUGUGGGUUACCAGCAGUUUACUGGGGGAUUGGAAGGAGUCCAAGUCAGAUGGGAGAUUUCUGGGCUCUGGACCAGAAAGCCCCUUCUACAGCUUGUGCCUGGGGUGUGUGAGCCUGCACAAUGUGUGGACAGAAACUUCAGGCAGGGCGUUAUCCCUUUGCUUCCCCAGGACUCCAGUGUGUACAGUAGUGACAGGCGUCACCACCAGGGGCAGGCCUCCUGCUCAACUUCUAGCAGCUGCUGCAUCAGUUUUGGCUUCUGCACCUGGAGAGGAUGGUCUCAAGGAGCCACCCAGCAGAGCUUGAGCCAUGGAGCAGCAGAGUUUGGGUGGCCACUGGACCCUGCUGGCCUGGAAGCCACCUGCUUUCCUCUGCUGGGGCCGCUCCCUCCUCUUCAGAACACGUGCCUCGCCUCUCUGUGUGACCCCAGCCCCUCUGCCCUGGCCAUCACGUUGCUCUUCUUGCCUCACACUGUGAUGACCACUGGAUAAUCAGAACUUUAUCUUGGGAAUCUUAACUUGGCAUCCACCAAUUCUCUCCCGCCUUGGAAGGCCCCACGUUCACAGGUUCUGGAGGCUGGGAUGUGAGUGCCCUGGGUCAUCAUCCAGCCCACCACAGUGCACCUCUGCAGUUCUCAAAGUUUCACCCCAUCUCAAGAUCCCCCAAAGUCUCCAUCGCAGCAAAUACUCAAGUCUCAAUGUCACUGAAGUCUCUUCAGCUCAGCCAUUUCAAAUCUCUUCAUCAGAGACAAUUAUGCCAGGGUGAGGCUCCAGGUCAGGUUGGCCAGACGGGCCAGGGCACUCAGCGGAUAGGGAAGUAGGAAGGUCCUGGGAGCUCCCUGCUCAGACCUGCCUGGCCUUCCGCGCCGACCCUUCUCGGACUACUGAGCCUCACUCAAAACAGUAUUUCCACUUCUCAUAACACCAGGGCUCUCGUAAUUUGGCACCAACUCUACGAAAGGGGAGACCAACCCGCAGGGUUCCCGCCUCGCCUCUAGCCCCAGCUCAGCCCGGGCUCGCCUCCCACACACCACUGAGGCCGAGUCCUCCGCCCUGCCUAGAGCAACCCCGGAAAUGACCGGGGGAAGGCCUCGAGGAGCGGACCGGCAGCGGACAGCACUUCCGGUGGACGGCUGCGGCUCGGCGCUCGCGGUUUCUGUAGGGCUGUGGGUGAAACACCACUGUGGACCCUGGAGAGAGGCAUUCCCAGCUCAUGCUGCAAAACAUCAAUUAAUGAAACUUGGCAGUGUUUGAGGGAGCUCUGUUGCUGUCUAUGCAGAGAAGACCAAGGGUCCAGCUGAGUGGAGCAAGUCCCAGGCAGCGUGACAUUGGCCACCUGUCCUACAGAGAGACCUGGUGGCAGACCAUGUUGUUAGGAGCCAAGGCCUGAGCUUGCUGGAGCCCAGCCACUGAAGGAAGGCUGAGGCAAGAGAUUGCUGCAAGUGGGAGGCAGAGCCAGUGAGGGACUGGGCUUGAACCUGGUAUCAGCAGAUCAGAAGGCUAGAGGGAAGAGGGAGAGAACUAAGGCAGGGAAGGAAUAGUGCCAGGCUAGACCACACCAGCCCCUCAUGGCCUCCAAGCAGAAUGCUGCAAAGGGCAGGGGAGAAAAGCGCAAGCGGGUGGUACUGACACUGAAGGAGAAAAUUGACAUUUGCACACGCCUGGAGCGGGGUGAGAGCAGGAAGGCACUAAUGCAGGAGUACAACGUGGGCAUGUCCACCUUGUAUGACAUCAAGGCUCACAAGGCCCAGCUGCUCAGAUUCUUUGCCAAUUCAGACUCCAGACAGGCACUGGAGCAGAGGCGCACUUUGCACACGCCAAAGCUGGAGCACCUGGAUCGGGUGCUGUAUGAGUGGUUCCUGGUAAAGCGUGCUGAGGGCAUCCCUGUGUCAGGUCCCAUGCUCAUCGAGAAGGCCAAGGACUUCUACGAGCAGAUGCAGCUGACCGAGCCCUGUGUGUUUUCUGGAGGAUGGCUUUGGCGCUUUAAGGCCAGGCAUGGCAUUAAAAAGCUAGAUGCAUCCAGUGAGAAGCAGGUGGCCGACCACCAAGCAGCUGAGCAGUUCUGUGGCUUUUUUAGGAGCCUGACUGCUGAGCAUGGGUUGUCCCCUGAGCAGGUUUACAGUGCUGAUGAGACUGGUCUUUUCUGGCGGUGCUUGCCAAAUCCCAACCCGGAUGGUGGAACCAUACCCAGCCUCAAGCAAGGCAAGGACAGACUGACUGUCCUGAUGUGUGCCAAUGCCACGGGCUCCCACAGAAUCAAACCCUUGGCCAUCGGGAAGUGUGGUGGCCCUAGGGCGUUCAGAGGCAUUCAGCACCUUCCUGUUGCCUAUAAAGCUCAGGGUAAUGCCUGGGUAGACAAGGAGAUUUUCUCAGAUUGGUUCCAUCACAUCUUUGUCCCCUCGGUGCGAGAACACUUCAGAACGAUAGGUUUGCCUGAAGACAGUAAGGCCAUUCUCUUGCUGGACAACUCCCGGGCCCAUCCACAGGAGUCUGAGUUGGUAUCUGAUAACAUUUUCACCAUCUUCCUGCCUGCCAGUGUGACCUCCUUAAUUCAGCCCAUGGAGCAAGGCAUUCGAAGAGACUUCAUGAGGCACUUCAUUAGCCCUCCCCUCACUCUGCAGGGCUUCCAUUCCCGCUACAGCAUGAACGAUACAAUUUUCAAUGUGGCCUGUGCCUGGAAUGCCGUGCCCAGCCAGGUCUUCAGGCAGGCCUGGAGGAAGCUGUGGCCUGCAGGCGCCUUCACUGAAGGCUCAUCGGAGGAAGAGGAAGUGGCAGCAGAACACUGUACCUCUAAGCCUCACCAUAAGACUUUUGCCCACAUCCUUGAGCUGGUGAAAGAGGGCCCCUCCUGCCCGGGCAGUAGGCUUCAGAACAUUGGGACAGAGAAGCAGGGCACAGUUGGGAGGGAGGUGGGUGAGGCACACACUACUACACCACCAGCCCAGGCCGAUGGGCAUGCAGAAGAAGGAGAGCGUGGCACUGAGGAGGACGACGAAGCAGCCUGGGAGCAGGCAGCAGCAUCUUUUGAAGCUAUUGUGCACUUUGCUGAACAGCAGCCAUGCUUCACCAUGCAGGAGGCAGGGCAGCUGGAUGCGCUACACUCUGUAUUCAGGCAACAGUGGCAGCUAAGACAGCGGCGGGUUGCUCUGAGAGCUGUGGUCAAAAUUGAGGCCUUCCAGGAGUGCCCUGCUGGUGGCACAGGCUCAACACUUUCCCCCUUGCCCUGCUCAUCUACAGCAGGUGAUCACUGAUGAUACCCUGCAGCUGGGCUCCCUAGAGUGGGCACAUGCUCAGGCGCCCAUAGCUCUCACCAGCUGCUAUAUUACUCAGGAGGCCUGGCCCCACGGUGUUCCAGCUGACCAGGGGUUUUCUGUAACACUGGUCAUAUGACCUGAAUGGGAUGAGACCUGCAAGGAGACCCCCUACCUGAAGCACCUCCGAAUCUUCUGUAGCUGCAGAUGGGGCCAGGCUGGGCCAUGUAUGUCAAGGGCAAGGCAUGUCUGCCCAAGAGGAGAAAAGCAGCAUGCUAGCCCCAGAAGGGUUGGGCUGCUGGGCGUUCCUGUGUAGGGUGGACCCCGAGCCUGGUACCUGAAGGCAGGUUGCCAAGGACUGACUCAGAUCACCUCUAGUGCCAUUAUAGAGCACUUGUGGCUACAUAGGCAACAAACAAAACCCUCUUACAGGUGCCUACUUCAGCCAUGGUCCUAAACAGACUAGCAUCCCCUGUGGCCAACAGGCCUCACAGCUCAGGUGUGAGCCCCACUGCAGCUGACAGGGUGGGAUGGGUUUCUCUAUAGAGUUAGAGCUACCUGGCCAGGUCCUCUCAUCCCCAGGGACCAUGGACACUGCUCUUUUCAGCCUUUGGUUCAAAGGCCAGUGCAAAGUCCAUAUUCUAUGCUCUCCUGAAUUUCAUGGUUACAGCCUUUAUGUGGAGAGAUCUUGAUGAGAUGUUCCAAAAUUAGUCCUAGGUUUGCACUGAGCAUGGUAAAACAGGCUGUUGGGAGCUCCAGCAGUGUUCGAGCUUUUAUCCUCAGCUAACAGGUUAGUAAUACUACCAGUGAAGGCAUAUCCACAUGGGUUGGUUUCACAAAAUCAUUGUGAAAGGAUGCAGUUAGUGAUUUCCCCAGACCUUGUAGCUGAUUUGUAGCUUCUCAUUUUAUGGCCGCCUGUACCAUCAUUUCAGCAGGCCCUUUGUCCGUGGUCAUUAGCGCUUCUGAAUGUACAUGAAAUAGGUGUAUUUUUCUAUGUUCUUUCACUGCUUUCCCCUGAACUCCAUUCACUCUCAGAUUCGCGUCAUGGUAACUGAAUCGACACCUAGUUUUCAUUCCAUUGUUCACUAGUUAUUCCACCAAGACUUGCUCCCAGGAUCCCAUGAAGCCAAGGGGACUUGGGGGAGAGUGGUUUGCAAUUCUUACAACUGUCCAAAUGCUGAGGCCAUAGUCAUUGCCUCUGUAACACUAGAGGCCAUGUGUGUUUCUUGUUUUAAAGGCAUGUGUGAAGACUAUAAAAAUCAGAUAGUUUUCAGAGGUUUUGUGCUGAUUCUUUGGGCCCUGCUGCCUCUGGUCAUGCUGCUGUCACACCAUUUCCUUCCCAUAUCUGGGGCGAUAAUGGCACUGUGUGCCAUUUCUGGCUGUCGCCAGAGUCUUGAGUUGCAGCUGCUUGAGGUGCUGCAGGAGGUAAGAGGUCAGGGCUCACUGGUUGCUGGCAGCACCAAAGGACAAAUUACCUACAGGAUGUCAUAUGUCACCUCAGGUUUGAGGUAGAGCUGCUGGAGCUUUGGUGGACCUUGCCAGGUCCCUUGUAGAUGGUUUACACUCAUGAGAUUUUCCAUCUGAGGACCAGAUCUUCCCCUCACUACCUGCUCCUGUUCUGACUAUUAUGGUCUGACUGUCAGAAUGAUGUCUGGCCUCCGAGCACUCCUUCCAGAGCCAGCUGAGGGAACAGCCCCUCUAGUUGGAUCCCUUGUGCCCCACUGGGGUUCUUUUGAGGAGUAGGAUCUGGGCCGUGCACUCUGCCUCCACAGAACACUUGGUAGCUUCCUCAUUGGCUUGCCACUGGAUGAAUAGAGUAUACAGUGUACAGAAAUGUCAGGUGCAUGUGUACUGUGGAGGCCCAGAGCUGCUGCUUAUCUGGGCCCAGGUGCCCAACAAGCAUUCCCACCUCUGCUACCUUCUGGAUUCCUCACAGAGCCUCCUGUGCCCUCCAAACAUGUUUGUCCUUCAUUUGUGACUAGCUUCUUAGGUGCUGUAGCUGUGCUAUGUGUUAGCUUUAGAAUCUUUUCCUGGUUUUAGGUGGACUUGCUACCAGAAGCUGAGAUAGCUGGUUGGACCCUGUUUCCCCUUCCCCUCCACAGACCUGCAAAAGCUUUUGGGAAGCCCCCAACUUCUCCAGAGCAGGGUGAGCUUCCUGGUCCCAUUUAAAUGCUUACCCUUCCCUGGGAGCCUGGUUGAGCCCAGCCCACCCCACCACCCCCCAUCCCCACUGUUAGGUACUGCAUGCAAUCCUCUUAGGUCCCCUGGCUAUUCCCUUCCUACUAGUGGAGACCAACCCUGUGUUCACUUUUGGGUGCCUCCUAGCAGCCAGGAGCUGGUGUGCAUACACUCUUGUGUGCUCCUAGUGGAAGGCCCUUGGGGGUGGUAGCCAUCUCAUGGUGACAUACCUGGCCCCUUCCCCCUGCACACAUUUCCUGAGUCCUUGUCAAGGACCAGCCAUGUUGCCAUUGAGGACCCUGCAGGCCGCUCCUGGGAGGUCUGACCCCAGGUUCCUGAAGCUUGGGUUAACAGCACAUUCAGGGCUCACUCCAGGCCGGGGCUGGCUACUCUGCCCCCACUGGGGUCUUGAGGCCCCUUGAGGGGUCUCCAUUCUCAGUGUGACCUCUCCAGUCAGGUAGUCAGGUAUAGUGCCUGGCCAGUGCUGCCACAUUGGAAUCUAGGAGAGGAGGCCCUGAGUGUGAUGGGAGGUUAGGACUCCACAGUGCAGCUCUCCUUAUGUAAGACAAGUGGCUUGUGCUUCUGGGGUGCUGGGUGGAAUGUGGAAUGCAGUCUCACCUGUUUCACAGGUAGGUGGUUUUAAGGCUCUUUGUCCUGAGAGUUAGUGUCUAGAGUGCUGGGGCCUGGACUGCCUGGCAUUCUGCAAGUGUUAGAGAAGACCAUCCUGGCUGGUAGCUAGUUGGAGGCAGCUGCUCCCUGCCUGUGGGAGAAUGGAAUUCCUGUUGGGUAGAGCAGCAAAUAUAAUGGUGUGGGUCACCUGUGAGGAUGCAUCAUUCCCAGGCAGCCAGCCCCAGCCAUUGUCCAUGGCAAGGAGUGUGAGAAGACCGAGAUCACGGCUUUUGUCUGAUGGGUGGAGCAGGGCAGCAAAGUUUGGGCCAAACCAGGAUCCAUCCCCAUGACUUCUGUGGGAACACAUAGCUGCUCUGGGAGGAGGCAACACAGGCCCUGCCCAGCACAGCAAGUGUCCUGGCAUAUAAAUGAGCUUGGGUGGGGGGAUGUUCUGGGUACAAGUGUCAGGACUGGGUGGUCCUGUAGCCUGGCUUACUAUGGAACCAUGAAGGAUAGGCAGUGGAGCUGAAUGGCAGAGACUGGGCAAGUACCCGUGCUUUCCCAUUUGCCCAACACCCUUAGUAUUCUACCACAGUGGCUGGAAGGGCAUUGCAGGGUCCUCAAGCCUUUGUGUGGUCAGACAACCCCAGGCACCAUGACUUGGGUAAAAGAGAUAAACCAUGGAGCUGUUGUUUGAGCAGUGGGGGCUCUGAGGGCCCAACAGUAGCCUCACCAAAGCAGAGAUCCCUAGGCCCCACCCAGAGGCUCCUGUGGAGUUGUGAAGUCCAGAACUUCUGCCCACCCUCCAGCAGUGCUGGAUAGUGCUCUAUCCCUGUCGGACCCCUCAGGUGUGGGAUGUUAGACCUGUGACCUCUAUCUCCAAGAUAGCCAUAUUACAGACUGCUCUUGUGUGUCCCCCCAAAGUAACUUCUUUGAAGUCCUAACCCCCAGUGGGAUAGUGUCAGAUGGGAGGCUUCUGGUCAGUGAUUGGGUUUAGGUGAGGUCACAGAUGACAGAUUAGACCCCUUACAAGAAAAGGAGAUUAGAGCUUUGCAUUCAGCAGAAUGUAUGCUGUCUGCACACCAGGAAAGGUCCUUUGCAGACACCUGAUCUACUAGCAUCUUAAAGGCACUCCAGCCUCCAGAACUGGAAACAGUCAGAUCCUGUUACUUAAGCCACCUGGUCUGAUCUUUUGUUACAGCAGCCUUAAGGGACUGAGACACACAAUAAGGAGAGGAAAGGUUCUAGCCAGCCCUGCCAUCAUCUAACAAUGUCAGCCAUGGGCCUGGCAGGGGGGUCUUGGGAUAAGCGAGAGCUGCCCCCCUCCUAAAGGCUCACCAGUGUACUGGGCAAUGGGAUGGAUCUACCCAUUUCACCUUGACCUGGGCAGAGGAGAUACGUGUGGAGCCAGGACCUGCUGGGUGGCUGUUGAUAGAGAUUCUAAUCAGCUUCUACACAAGUGAGCCAGGUAAAGAAUAGUCUGAUCGUGGCAGAGCCAGGCUCUUUGGCCACAUGUAUCUCCUGGUGGGGCCACAGGUCUCUCCAGGUUUCACAACAGCAGUGCCAGCCUUCCCACAUAAUAUCUGUUUCCAGCUUCCUGUGAAAACUUCCAUGGAUACUUGUGUAUCUUCUACUCUGCUCCCUUCCCCCAUUCCUUGUGCUAAGUUCCAGUCUCAGUACGGGGUCCUCAGACAGGUCCCCUGCUGCUCUGGCUCAGGUCACCUUCUCCAGAGACAGGAAGACCUGGGUACUCAUGGACAGGCAAAAGCAGGGCAUGGAGUACAGCUGUAGGCCAGUGCUAACCUAACCCCUUUCUUUCCCUCUGGUCUCCUGAGGUCCUAGUCCGAGUCCUGUGUGGCACCAGGGCCAGCCUGCUCUCUCUGUGUCCCCCUGCCUUCUUCCCACUUAUUCCUGCAGGCCUGCUGGCUUCCUCAGAGACUGUUUCCUAUACAGGAAAAGAGAUGGGCCUGGGAUGCAGAGGGCUCUACUUGGGUUGAGUGGGGAUACCCCUGAGGCCCACCUGCUUCAGCCAAAGUGAUCCUCACGGCUGCAUGCUGGCCAUGUCCCCACUCCCCUGCCCUGGGUUGGGGAGCCACCAGGCUGCUUACCAGGCAAUUCUGCCAGGCCUUUAAUGACAGAAGCCUCCUUAGAUGUGGACAGGUGGGUAGGGCUGUCCUCUCUCCUGGACUUGCAGGGUGUGAGUUCUUCACAGUUGUCUAGGGAGGGUUGCUAUGCCAUGCCUGGCAGAGACAGGAACAGGAUAGGGGACCAUGGUUGUCACUGUCACCUGCGCAUUACCCAUAGGGACUCAGUAGAAGGAGCUGCUGAGGACGAGCUACUGGGAGGUGAUGCUAUAAUUAGACCCAAGUCUAUGGGACCUGGGGCUGGGGUCAUCCUUUUCUGACACUGGCCCUUAGUGAGGGGAUACCCCAAAUUGUGUAUGUGGCAGCCAUGACAGGAGUGGGGAGGCAGUAGGUCUAGGGCUGUGGAAAUAGCCUGUUCUCCUCUCAUUUACAGGAAGCUCUCUGCCUGCUUGUCCUCACCUAGUGUUGGCCCUCUGCUAGUCAUAUCCCUGUUAAUGGGACAGUACAUAUUAGCACAGAGUUUUGUUUUUCUCUGUAAGGUCUGCAGUGCUCCUUUUUCAGUAACAGGAAUAGCUGCAAUUUAUGAAGACACAUGAAUCUCUUUUGGUUCCAAAUAUGGGCCACCAGGUCCCUCUGCACCUUAUUGUUUAACUGAAGAGCAGUGUUUAAAAUAAUGGAGAAGAGAGCUCUGGGAAUGGGUAGCUUAGAGAGGACCCCCUACUCCACAUGGAAGUGGAGUCAUGGCAGGGGUGGGGGAUGUGCCAGGGUAGUUGUAGAACCUUCUGGCCUCCUUGGACUUGGCCCAGCCCUGGUCUAGGUAAUUCUUAAACCAGAGUUCCUCUUCAGCCAAGCAACCCUUGGCCUCCUCCUUAGCACCCUGGACAUCCCAUCUUCAUGUAUUCCUAGAACCAAAUGGUCCACUUCUCACUGGCCACAGGGCUCCAACCUCUAACACCUCUCCCAUGCCCUGUCCACUCCCAGCCGAGGCAUAGACACAAGGCCCUGCCCCACAGGGUCCUGCCCAGCCUGGAGGCAGCCUUCCGUACAAGAUGGAGAGUUAGGUCCACAGCUCUCUCUCUCUCUCUCUCUCGGGGGGGGAAAAAAAAAGACUUACAAAAUGUUGCUUUUCUACUUGCAGAUAAAAUGAGUGAAAAAGCCAGGCAUUCUAUUGAACUCAAUCAGAGCUCUCAUUGAUUGAAUUGUCUCCCCUCAUGCCAUCUAUUGGGGCAAUAAAUGCAUUAUAGGGUCCUCCUCCACUAGUAUUUAUAUCUGUGUCCUUUGCUUGAGUCCUCAAGUCAGCCUUGGGGGAUCCCUUGAACCAGGGCCAAGUCAGGGUCUCCAUUCUGCCUUUAAGGGCACCACCUCUGUGCAGAGCAUAAAGCCACAAAAAUGUGGGUGCCACCCUGCUCCUGGUGGGCAGGGGAUUGGGCAAUAACCCUCUUGUCAUAUUUUCCCAGGGGCUCACCACCCGCCACCCAUCCGUGCGUGCUGCUACUUGUGUGCAUGUGAUGUGUAUGUGCCAGAAGCCAGCACACCCACCAGGACUAUCUGUGCCCACCUGCCUCAGUCUCUGCCAAAAUCAACCCAGGGACAUUUUCCUUCAGACUUAAGAGCAUGACAGGUUCAUGCCCUACUGAUGCAAGAGUGCACAGCUUGGUGGCUCCUUUUCAUUGUCCUCAUUUGAAAUUGCAGGAACAAAUUCCCAAAUCCCAAGAACUCGCCCAAGCUUUGGGCAGCCUGAUCCUUAGCCACAACCCUUCAUGGCACAGGUGAGCAGUGAGUCCUAUCUGACCCAUUCCCACCAGGGAGAACCUUGCCCUUGGUAUCUGCUUGGCCCAGGCCCAUCCACACUUGUACUUGAUAAAAACAAAUGGAUGAAGGGGUACCCACAGCUCCUAGUUUGCUAAUCACCAAAAACCCCACCCUGACCGCCUGGUACCCACAUGGUAUGCCAGCUGUGUGCUGGGCCCAUGAUGCUGCUGGUUCACAGCAGGUUAAGUGCCUCUCACAGUGAGCAGCCAGGCCCCCACAGCCUCUACACUGUGAUCAAAGGCUUCUGGGGCUUUCUUAUUGAUUGGAUUUUAUUUGCUGACAUUAAGUGUCACUGUAGACAGGCAGGCAGGCUUGGCUUCCUGGUUCAUAAAUGGGAUCAGAGUGUUAUUGUGAGUCCUUUGAAAGCAUCACAAAGGACAGCUAUGCCUGUCACCUGCCUCUACUGUUUAAUCUUGUACCAGCUGCUGUGGCUUCUGCAGCCCUCCCAGGCCUCCCCACCCCUUGAGCCCUCAGCUGGGCUAUUGUUGAACUCGAAGUCUGUUUAUAGGCCAUUCACAUACUGAAAACCAAGGGGCGCUGCCUAGAGUGAGAUGAUUGGCAUGUGGGCCAGAAAACUGAAAGGAAGACUCAACCUGCUUGGACAUGGUACCAUCUAAUAAACUUGCAGCCCAGAUGAAAUAAAGGAGGAAGAAGAGAAAGUCAACCUACAUAUGUAAAGCUCAUGCUGCAUGAGCAGGGACAUCUUUUGUUACUGCCACUGCCUGUGGACAUCAGACUCCAGCUUCUUCAGCCUUUCAGUGUGAACUCAUUAUCAACAACUCUUCAGGGAACUUCCAGGCCUUCAUUCUCAGACUAAUGCCACAUCCUGGAUCCCCCUUGUUCUGUGACUUCCAGCUUGUGUUAAGCAAUUACUGCACCCUCUGACUGUCCAGAAGAUGGCCAUUGUGAACUCUUCUGGCCUCUGAUUCUGUAAGCUUACACAAUAAAUCUCCUUUAAAAAAGUACCUUUCCUCUAGAGAAACUAACCAACACAACCUCCUGAAAACAGCUGUGUUUCUCUUACCUGACACCAGAGCUCACAAUGCAUUCCUUGUCGGUCAUUUGCUCUGAUGUCAUAACUCCCUCACCAGACAUUCCCACCUUAGUGAUGGAGAGUGGGAGCCCAGAAAGGGGCAGCAAGGUUGCAGUUUGGACUAGCUGAGCAUUGGAAUGUCUCCUUGACCCUGUUGAGCCUUCCUCUUCCUCCUCUUCCUCUUCCAUCUUGACGUCAACUCUGUUCCUGGGGCACAGGCUAUACUAGUUUCCUCCUUAUAUCCUACAGAAACCAAUAACAAAGUCCUUUCAGGUGAAAUGAUGUGACUGGGUUUGCUCCAAGAUACUCCAGGAAGAGCAGGAAAGGACAGACACAGAGAGAACAUUUGAUGGAGGUCUGGACCUGAGCACUCUCAUACUGGUCCUCUUCCCUUGUGUGCCAAGUUCACCAUAGUGAACACCUUCCUCAUACUGCCAGGGAGGAGGCUGCACCCUGCCAAGAGCUCUAGCUCUCAGCAUCCACUCACUGAGGGACUUAUGACAACAGGAGCUGCGCUG